UUGGCAUAAUGUCGAACGGCGCCGAGAGCCUGGUGCUGUCUCCGCAGACGCUGCUGUCCUGCAACCGACGGCACCAGCGCGGCUGCGGCGGUGGCAAUAUCGACGUGGCAUGGAACUUCGCGGGCGAACACGGAUUGGUAGAAGAGAAAUGCUUUCCAUACACGGCUAAGGCCGAGAGAUGUCCUUACCAGCCGCAUGGGGAUUUGAUCCAAGAUGGGUGCCGGCCGAAGGACCCGCGCCGCACGUCGCGCUACAAGGUGGGCCCACCCUACCGCCUCCUCAAGGAAGAGGACAUCAUGUACGACAUUAGGGAGUCGGGCCCCGUUCAAGCUGUGAUGACCGUGUACCAGGACUUCUUCCACUAUCGAGACGGCAUCUACCGGCGCAGCCGCCACGGGGACAGCAAGCUGCAGGGACUGCACAGCGUCAGGAUCGUGGGCUGGGGCGAGGACCGCCAGGAAAAGUUCUGGAUCGUGGCGAACAGCUGGGGCACCGACUGGGGUGAGAAUGGCUACUUCCGCAUCGCGCGCGGCUCCAACGAGUCCGGCAUCGAGUCAUUCGUGGUCUCCGCCUUCAGCGACGUCACGUCCGCGUUCCUGCGCCCGUCCGUCCGCCGCACCACAUAACAGAGGGGCCAACUCAUCAGGCCGCUGUGUGUCGUCAGUCGCCCCUUUCAAACGUCCAGGGGGAUAAUGUGGUUUAAUUUUACUAGGUACAUUGGUUAGGUUUUGAUCUGUUGUACUGUUUUGGUUUAAAUGCUGUCUAGCGAGUAUAUGGUAACUCUGGAUUCAGCGUGAUCUACUUGCUCGCAACAGUAGAUUUGUUCCUGUAUUUUUUUCUAAGUAUUCAUUCUCAAUUUUUGAUUUCAGUGCUACCUAGUCCACAGAAUAAGUAAUAGUAUUAUCAUACAGAACGGCCACGCACUGCCCCGCCCCGAUUCGAAUUACCUCGCCCCGCGACAGCAGAUUGACGAGAUUUUGGCGAACGUUCAGUUCGGUUUUUAAGCAACUUACACAAUGACGCAUGACGCAUGACGCGUGUACAGAAAUGCCGUUCACACAUAGAAACGGAAAUGAUUUUUUCCCCUCACUAGCUCGGAAAGCCGUCUUUUAUCCUUUAAAACAAGCGGGGAAAAACGCAUUUUAUCCACUAGUGGGGAAAGUAAUUUGACCUUGGAUGGAGCGUGUUUAAGUAGCUUUUGAC